AUGUUUCCUUUCUCUCUGAUUAUGUCGCUCUGGCGAUCUACACUAUCGUUGAUAGUAGGAGGAGAAUCUGGUCCUCCUACGAGGGAUAACGGACGGAAUGUCAAAUGGUUAGAUGGGCUUCGUGGAAUCGCAUCGUUUCUAGUCAUUCUCACCCAUCUAGCACGAGCAUGGGAUUAUGAGCUCUUCAGCGCAGGACCCGCCGAAGGGACGCCUCGAUUGCUACAGCAGCCUGUCCUCCGUAUCCCGUGGCAGGGCCGCAUAGGCGUCACCAUAUUCGCAUUCUUGACCGGUUAUGUUUGCGCGUUGAAACCUCUGAGGCUGUCUGGUUCUGGAAACUAUAGUGCUUCAUUCACCUCCAUCGCAAAGAGCGCAUUCCGCCGUCCUCCACGAUUGAUUCUUCCUGCCACAAUUGCAUUGCUGUGUACAUGGACAAUCGCGCAAUUUGGUGCCUUCAAGGUAGCCACAAGAUCAGAUGUGGAUUGGUUUAGAGCAGCAAGCGUCAAGGUCGACCCUUCAUGGCUUAAAGAAAUCAGCCGCUUGUUCUUCACCAUCCUGUCGACAUGGACGACUUCACGAAACGACUAUGACGACCACCAGUGGGCACUGCUACCACUGCUAAAAGCCUCGAUGUUGGUCUACAUCCUGCUUGUUGCGACCAUGUAUGUCAAGUAUCACUACCGCUUGGCCAUUUACGGUGGGAUGAUCCUAUACUUCCACCAAAACCCAACUUGGAACACAGAAACCUUUGGGCAGCAAGCAUGCUAUGGUAUGCUGCUCUCCGACAUUGCAAGCAACCAUCCCGAAAAUUCCUAUCUCUCCUCGCACCCCUGGCUCCGACGCACAAUCUGCUGGGUCGCGAUCUCCCUUGGACUAUGGUCCGCCUCCUAUCCCGAACACGACGUCGAACGAUGUGGCUGGUCCAACAUUCUCCACGAAGGUUCUAAAUACAUGUUCCCACCAAAUGUGAAUCUCGGUAAACGCUUCACUGCCCUCGGAGUCGACCUUAUAAUACUCGGGAUAUUCCUCUCCCCGUCUAUCAAGAACAUACUCUCCAACAGCUUCUUCCUUUGGUUUGGUCGAAAUAGCUUUGCUGUCUACCUUACCCAUGGUACGUUACUGAAGACGGUUCUUACCUGGAUGAUUUACGGUACCAUCACCGGAGAACCAUGGGUCGUCACGAAGAAUGAAAAGGGAGAAGACGUCCUCCCUCCGUGGCUCCCUCGUGCGUCGCCCGGUGUAUUCGCCAUUUGUAUACCAGUUUGGCUUGUGAUUGUAUACACCGUUGCGCAUUUAUGGACGACAUAUGUCGACUCCUUCUGUGCGCGGCUGACGCAACGACUCGAGAAUCUUACUUUUGAGUCUGACAAUGAGAAGACCCAGCUUCCGAGGUGA